AUGGCUGCAUUAAUCUCAUUAACAUCACCUGUGUUCUCUAUAUCGGGGAAAUUUGAGGAAAUGACCCUAAAAAGCGGUCUAAUAGCGGAUGGUGAGGGCGAGUUGGUUGGUUGGAUGCGUCACGUAGAUGCGUCACGCAGUAUGAACCAAGAGAACACAAGAGACCUGGUUGCUACCCUUGCCCCAUUGCAGAAUAAACCUGAUAUUCAAUCUUAUGUGAUGCUUGGUAUCCCUAAACAUGAAGAGGCACCAGCCACCCCUCAACAUCCUCUUUCACCAAUGGGCGAUGUCUGUCAUAGAAUGGACCUCACAACCAUCAAUCAAAUCUUGGUAACAACUAAUGAGCUUUCUUUUCAAGAAUGGACACAACAGAUGAAAGACACGCUGGAUGCAAGGAAGCGUGGUGACUUGGCAUUCCGUGAUAAGGAUUUUAGAACUGCUAUAUAUUGUUAUUCUCAGUUCAUAGAUGUGGGAACGAUGAUUUCCCCAACUGUAUAUGGAAGACGAAGUCUAUGUUAUCUUAUGUGCGAGCAACCUGAUGCAGCUCUUCGAGAUGCCAUACAAGCCCAGUGUGUCCUCCCCGAUUGGUCGACUGCUUUUUACAUGCAGGCGGUUGCCCUUGCGAAGAUGGACAUGCACAAAGAUGCAGCCGAUAUGCUUAACGAAGUUGCUGCCAUAGAAGAUAAGAAGCACAAAGGAGGAGGAACUGGCAGAUGGCAUUUUUUCUAUUUUAUUUGA